AUGAGUGGGGAUGAAAAGACCACAACAGAGCUAUCCAAUCCUGUACCUCAGCAUGAUGAAGAAAAGGGGCCGAUAGAUGCUAGCCCAGCCCAUGCCCUAACAGCACCCGAGACACCGGAGCGAAGGCCGAAAGCAAUCACGAGUCCAACGAAAACCCCGCCAAAUACAGGCAUUUGGCACACCAUUGUUGAUGCUCUUUUAUGGAUGCCACGGUGGUGUCGAUAUGAUGAAACGAAUCCUCCAAAAUUUGGAUUACCAUUGAAUAUUUUAUUUGCAUUCGCUGGGACAUUCACGGUCGCAAAUCUGUACUAUGCGCAGCCCAUUGAAGAUACCCUGGCACGUCAUUUUCAUGUAUCCCACGAGCAGGCCUCCCUAGUUCCCACGUGCAGUCAAGCCGGGUAUGCAGCGGGGCUUAUCUUUGUCUGCCCGCUGGGCGAUUUAGUCAGGAGACGGCCUUUUGUGAUCCUUUUAAUGAUCCUCACGCCGACUCUGUGGCUGGGAUUGUGCGUGACAAACUCGUUCAACGCCUUUCUUGUUCUCAGCUGCUUGACUUCGAUAACGACAGUGACACCGCUUCAUACUCAUACUCGAGAGGAACAGCAAAUCAUGCUCCCGCUAGUCGGAGAUCUUGCGCCGCCAGCGCGCCGUGCAACGGCCCUAUCAGUCGUUACCUCCGGUAUCAUCCUGGGCCUUCUCAUCGCGCGCCUGCUCGCAGGUAUCAUCUCCACAUACUCCUCAUGGAGAAACAUCUACUGGAUGUCCCUCGGAGUGCAAUACCUCCUCUGUAUCCUGCUGUGGCUCUUCAUGCCAGACUACCCGCCCACCAACACCGACAUCACAUACCUCAGCAUCCUAACCACAAUCGUCAAGCUCUGGCUCACGACGCCCGUGCUCGUCCAAGCCACGCUCAUGGGCUUCUUCCUCUCCGCCACAUUCACCAGUUUCUGGACUACCCUCACCUUCCUCCUCAGUGGGUCGCCGUACCACUUUAACACGGUGACCAUCGGCCUGUUUUCUCUCGCAGGAAUGACCCCCAUGUUCCUAGGCCCCAUUUUCUCCCGCUAUGUCAUAGAUAAAGUCGUCACCCAAGUCGCUCUGCUAAUGAGCCUCGCGGUCCUGCUCACAGGGAUUUGCAUCGGCACAUUCACGGGCAAGGUCACCGUGGCGGGCCCGGUUCUGCAGGCUGCGUUGCAGGACUUUGGGUUGCAAAUGUCGCAGAUCGCCAAUCGGACGGCUAUCUACGCUGUGGCGCCUAAAGCGCGCAAUCGUGUUAAUACGGCUUAUAUGAUUGGUGUGUUCUGUGGGCAGUUGAUGGGCACUGCCGUUGGGAAUAAAGUGUACAAUGAGUAUGGGUGGGUUAUUUCGGGGUGUGUGAGUAUCGCGUUUGUUGGCGUGGCUUUGUUUCUGACGCUGCUUCGUGGGCCGGCGGAGACGGGUUGGGUUGGAUGGCACGGAGGGUUCCAGGUGCGGAAAACAGGAUGA